AUGGCGCUCGUUGACUACUCGUCAUCGUCGGACGGCGAGGACGGAGACGGCGCCAGGCCAGUGGCCAAACAGCAGAAGAAGAGAGGCGCAGCGGCUACCGGUGGUGAGGUGGCGCCGCCGUUGUCAUCGAUGCCGCCGCUGCCGUCCGAAUUUCACGACCUCUACGCGGCCACGGUGCGGCAGAGCACCGUGGACGACCCGUCGCUGCAUCAGGGACGCAAGAGACAGGUGCCGCACAUUGCGGGCCAUUGGCCCAGCCAUGUCUACAUUGAGUGGCGUCCUAGCUAUGAACAGCAUGCGGUGCUAACACGUCUUCUCACCAAGGUCGAGGAAAGCCUUGACCGCGAGACGGAGCUGCACCCGUUCCUGACGAGCGACCUCGGCGCGCCGCUGCCGCUGCACGUCAGCCUCUCGCGGCCGCUGUCGCUGGCCACGGCCGACAAGGACGACUUUCUGCAGCGCGUCAGCACGUCCCUCGGCGGCGCGGUGCGGCCGUUUGCGGUGCGGCCGCGCCGCCUCGCGUGGUUCGCGUCGCCGGACUCCAACCGCUGCUUCCUGGUGCUCGGUGUGGCGGCCGCAACCGACAAUGGGGGCAGCGAUGGAGGGCCGCUGAUGGAGCUGCUGCGCAGGAGCAACGCGGCCGCUUCGAGGGCCCGCCAGCCGCUGCUGUACCAGGCUGACGAGGAGGCGGCGCGGACUGCGUUUCACGUGUCCAUUGCGUGGACGUUUGGGAGACCACCGGGACAGGAGGGGCUGGGGGAUCUGCCCGCGCGGGAGCUGCCGCUCGAUGAGGUGAUGGCGUGGACGAUUGGCGUGGACAGCGUCAAGGUCAAAAUUGGCAACACCGUGACGAGCAUUGCGCUGUCGGGGCAUGCGCCGGGCUACGACCAGACGCGGUUCUUGUUUGACGAAGCCUGA